CAGAUUUGCAACGAAGCAAAUACGUCAUACUGUAUCCGUGCGCGAUCGCGCGCUUGCCGGCCGCCAUGCAUGUGUUGAACGCAUGCACGUAGUGAUGUCCGACACAAAACGGCGCAUAAAAUUACGGGGAAAAGCCCAAAACUCAUAUCUUGACCUUGUCACGAUGGACCACAGUUAACCCCUGCUACCCCUGAGCGCUGCCUCUCAGCUUCCACGCAUCCGACAAUCGUCUGACCGAACACACCGAGCUUUUGAAGUCGCUAAUUGGUACCCUGUUGUCACGAAACCACCGGUCUCCAGCCAUGCUGUCUGCUAAUAAUAACAACUUUACCAGGAUGGUUUUUCAAGACGAGAACGGCCCGUCGUCGCUACGAACAAAUAACGGCAGCACGCAAGCACCGCAGUCCAAGAGAUCCCAUGACGAUCGGAAGUCCGUCGUCUCCGAUCAGCCCUUAUUCUACGAGGACGACACGGGCCCGGCCGCCGUAAUGGCCUACUUGAACGAACUGCGCAAGCAGUACCAGUUUGCCGACGUCCACCUGUCCAUUGAGAACCACAUUGUGCCCGCCCACCGUGCCGUGCUGGCCUGCAGUAGUCCAUUCCUGUUUGAUUUCUACAAGGGGCUGAGCAGCGAGAACGACGCCAUUCCAUUGAAGCACCAUCUGGAGAACGUCAAUCCGGCUGCCGUGGAGUUGCUGGUCAACUAUGCCUACACUGGCAGACUGGAGGUACCCUAUUGUCAAGUCGAGACGGUCUACCAAGCCGCUAAACAGUUACAGAUGGCCCGCGUCAAGAAUGCGUGUGCUCGACACCUCGUGCAACAACUCAACCCAAAGAAUUGUCUAGAACUUCGUUCGUUCGGCAAUGCGGAGGAGGAUGUGGAGUUUGUCUCCAUUGUGGACGACUUCCUGAAAAAGAACAUUGACAACGUCGCCUUGACAAAUGAGUUUCAGGAGUUGCCACGGUUACAGAUUGAGGUUGUGGCUACCAAGUCUGCAUCCAAAAUGAGCGACCGACAGCUGUUUGAGACCGCCCUAGACUGGAUCCGCCGAACCGUCAAAUACGGCAAGCAACUGGAAGAUUUACAACAAGAGCCUCAGACGCUCCUCCUCUCAGAAAACAACACCCUGAAGGACGUGGAAGAGUUUGGCGAGAUUGAGCCGGACCUCAUCAAGGACUACAAGCUGGACGCCAAGCGUUGCCCUCUCAUCUCCCCGGCCAAGCCCCCUAGCAAUGGCGUCAGCAACGGCAAAGGGCCCAAGACCGACACCAACAACGGUCCCGCUCAGAAACUGGUGCUCUCCCCCGAGGAUCUGAACAAGGCCCGGUCGCGGAUCGAGAAGUGGAAGAUUGUGGCAUCCACAGAAAUGGGAGCCAAUCGCUACAUUGCUAUCGCCAAUCUCGGCGGCAGUCUCUUUGUCAUUAUGCUGUACGAGAAGCCCAGCAGCCCCCAGAUCAGCCGCCCCAUACAGAAGAGAUCUUUCUCCAUCGAGAGCGAAGGGAUCCACCCCUCUCUGGCCACAUUGGAACAGGCCAGGUGUGCAGUGGGAGUGGCCAAGCUGGACGGGAAACUAAUUGCAGCGGGCGGUUUCAACAGGGACGAAUGCCACCAGUCCGUGGAGGUUUACGACCCCCACACUAACACCUUGGACAAGAUCGCCCCCAUGCAGACCCCGCGGGCCCGCUUUGAGUUUGGGGUCGUCGGCAGCAAGCUGUACGCAGCCGGUGGCUCCGACGGCCACAUGGAUCUCAAGACCUGCGAGGUGUACGACCCAAAGAAGGAUGAGUGGUCCUGGGUGGUGGAUAUGCCACAGGAGAGACCGAAUUCAGGAGCUACUGUGCUGGAUGGCAAAUUGUAUCUGAUUGGUGGAUCAAGCGGCAACGUUGGUCUCAGAAGUUGCGACGUAUACCACCCUGACAAGAACGCAUGGAUAUCCAUCAGCAAAAUGAACCAGAGGCGAGCACAGGUGGGUGUGUGCUCUCUGAAUGGUAAGGUCUUCGCAGUGGGCGGGUCCAACAACUGGAAUUGUCACAACUCGGUGGAAGUGUACGACCCCAAGAGCAGCAUGUGGAGCCUGACCACGCCCCUCAGCACCAGCAGACGAGGCGCGGCCGUCUGUACCUACCAAGGCAAGAUCUUUGCCGUCGGAGGAAGCGACGGCCAGUCAGUGCUGAACACCGUCGAGUGCUUCGACCCGGAGACGGAAGAAUGGACCAACGUGGCCAGCAUGUCCGCGCCGCGGGUCAACGCCGGCGCCACGUUCAUCGACGGCCUUCUCUACGCGGUGGGCGGCUUCAACGGGAAGCACUUCCUGGACACCAUCGAGUGCUACAACCCCGACAAGAACCAGUGGUGCACGGUGGCCAUGCACAUGAUCCGGGAACGCAGCCAGGACUCACCGACCCUGACCCCGAAGUCGUUGACCUUUACCAUUGAUGAAGAAAAAGACGAGGCGGCUCCGAAUGAGGCUGUGUCGCAGUAGGCAGCAUUUCACAUAAGUGUAGCCAAUAGUUGGACUAUGGAACAAUUUUUUCCUUAAUCAGACAGAAUUAGAAACAACAUGCAGUUGAUGUCAAGCUGAUAUAUGGAGUCAUAGAUCCCUUGCACGAUGCGCCCUUACGGAGGGCAGGCUUUGUUUUUUCAAUUCAAUGACAUUUAAGCACAAAGUCUUGUCUUCUCAUGCGUAUCACAGAGAAUCAAAGACCUGCCCUCAGUUGUGACAUCAGAUGCAACGGGUCUAUAAUCUCCAGUGGAUGCCAUUUUUUUUAAACCCCAUAUAUCAGCUCCCUGUGUGUAACAGAUCAGUCAAAAAAAAACCUUCAAAAAAGAUUAGCUGUUGCAGUGUGUGUAAUAGCAAAACUUGAAACGUUGCGGUGCUUACAAUUCUUGUACAUGUACUGUGAGUAAUUUUGUUUUCUCUCUGUGUUUGCGUUGGCCUAUAAAAAGCCAAUCGGGGAAAGUCUUGUAGUUACGUGUAUAUUUCAAACUUUGUACAAAAGCAAACGGUGCCCUCCAGUGAUAUUGCCAACAUUUGCAGAAAGUUAUACUUUCUGCUUACAUAUCAGAUACCAAAGUUUGUUGUUAGUAUUGAAAAAAUAAGAAGUUAUGCUGGUUUUUGUCUUGUAUUUUUUGAUUUUUUGUGUUAUUGUAGAUGUGCUUAAAAGAUUUGUUUAUAAGUGCACUUGAAUGCUUCAGUAACCAAAAAUUCUAUAUUUCAAUUGCGGUUUAAGUUUCUCUUUUGAAGGGGACAGCAUUGUCACAGAAGAUUUUCUGCGCUGUUUGGAUUUAGAGAACGGUUAUAUAUUUCAGGAAAAUGUUUCCAAACUUAUCAUGUUGCGUUUACUUCCUUUUCAAGUAAUCUAAUUAAUUCGAAGAUUGUUCAAUACCUUGAUGAAAUUAGAAUUGCAGUUGAAACAAGCUUUAUUAAGAACACCAAAAAUCUAGUUUUUGAAACAAAAAUCUACCGUUUUUUGGGGGCAAGAAAACGUCCAGUUUAUUAUUGAAAAGUUUCACAUGAUUCAGUGAUGAUGCGUGCAUCAAACUUACAGGAUGCUCCCACUUUAGUGAAAGAUUUAAAGACAAACGGUCAUGUGUAUUUUUGUGAAUCUUGAACUUUAUACAGUAAAAAAAAUGAAAACUUGUUUGCUGUGGGAUCGUACGAGGUUGUGCAUGUGUGUAGUGUAUGAUAAAAACAAGUUUUUACGGUACUAUUACUAAUGAUAUUUUUGGGCUUGAAAUCGGUGUUAAAUAAGUGAGUUAGAUAUUCCACCCUUGUUCAGUUCAGGAACACGUUCAAGAGUUUCCUCCUAAAAAUGUCUUAAUCUUUUCAGAGGAAUUCCUUCUUUUCAUUUGUGGAUAAAAAAAUCUGACCGAAUCCUGAAAAGCAAGUUUAAUAGUUUAGGCUGUAGAGACUUUCAUGAGAGGUCAAUAUUUUUGACUAGGGUUGAGUAAUUUUGAAAUUGGUUGAACUAUACUCUACACUUUCUCUAACGCAAAAGACAAACACGUUUAAACCUAAGAUUAAUAAGUUAAACGAACCAGUUUGUUUCAAGUAUUAAGUAACAGAAGUGCAGUGAAAUUCGUUUUUUUUUGGCUGACAAAAAAGUGUGCCUAGAUUACUUACUUAGAAUCAGCUACCUUAAACGUUCAACAAAUGGAAAGUGUACAUAAGACUGCAUAAGGUGUGGUAGCACGCAGCAUACAUGUCUUUAACAGUUUGGUAACUGAAACUAGUUAGUUAACUAGUUUAAUAAAUCCAACUUGUCUGCUAACCUUUCUGUUAACAUUUACUCUUGUGUUAACCUAGCUAGUCUAACAAAAAUGUCUGUUAACCAGUCGCAGUGGAAGUGUGUAACUACACAUGCCAAAUUAAAUAACACACUUAAAAAAACAAAAUGGCCGCUGUCCUAGUUACAAUCUUCCAUGUAGAGAGAUCUAAUUUAACUUGUGCUUCCUAGUAUUUUGGUUUCCUUGUCUUUGAAACCAGAUCCGUGAAUGUGGGGCCAUACAAAGUCAGCGGGGUUUUAUUUUUUCGAAGUAAAAUAUCUUAUACAAAACUGUUAAAUAUCUUAUACAAAACUGUUAAAUUUCUUAUACAAAACUGUUUCAGUAUUUUGUCGUAAAGGGAAGGUCUGAAUUCUGUUGUUAUUAUUAUUAUUUUAUUUCUGGUAAUGAUACCAGGGAUUCCUCAAAGCGCCCUAGGCGCUGCUGUAGCUCGCAAGCCUGAAAAAAACCCGCAGAGAGAAGACAAUGAGAAGAAAUUACAGUUUUAGAGGUGGGAGAAAAACCCCAGAACAUUCUGGGGAAAACCCACGGAAUCAGGCAGGGACUGAAAACCCAAUCCACAUUUUGGUUCAGGCAGGAUUCGAACCCGGGUCAACAAUGUUGGAAGGCGAGGAAAGAACCGCUACGCCUAUGCUACUACCAACCUGGUUGAUAUUAUGUGUUCAUUUUUGCAUGGAGGGCUGUCUUAUUGGAAGUUUUCGCAAAAGUUGAACACAUUUCCGAGUCGUGGCAUCAAAUUUGCUCCACAUUUGCACAAAGUGUGAACCGGUCUGUAAAAUCACUUUGCUAUGCCGGCAAUUACACACACUUCUAUUAAAGCAGCAGAAUGGACUUCAAAUGGAGGUGUGUGUGGCUGCCUGCCACAGCUCAAAUAAUUCACAUUGAGCCUAUGCCAAUCACAUAUUUGCCAUAUUCCGACUUAUUUUUUUUUCUCUCUCUGAAUAUUUUUUUUCUUUUUUUAACGCAUCAGAACCGAAUGAUUCCAAUGAAAUUUAAAUUGAAUGUUUAUGAAUCGCCUUGCUCUAAGAAGAAAAAAAUGGAAACGUAGAAUAAUAAAAACAAUGGGGCUAAAUUUGCAAAAUAAAACUUAUACAAAAAUUAAUUGGUGAAACCAGAAUAAACUUGGCAACAAACUAAUUUGAAAUCGAGUGUGUGUGUAGGUGUAGCCGGAACAUCACCAAAAUACUAUAAAUAAAAAGUGUAAAUAUUUAUAUAUUUUCAAAAAGAAAAAACUAAUUAUGCGUUUUGUGCUUGUAAUAGAAAAAAAAAAGUCUUGAUGACAAUUUCUGUUGUCUAAUCAAACUUGCUGUACACUCUCCCCGACGCGACUAGCACCAACCAGAUUAAACUGGUUUCUCUUGUAUCUUGACAACCUGAUCUGUUGUAGGCAUGGUAACAAGUUAAUCUCACCUGUACUUUGUCAAAUCUUAUAUUUUUCUUAUUUCUGUAAAAAAAAAGAGGGUUAAAUAACAUCAUUGUUUGAGAUCCUGGUUAAGUUACCCAACGACAUUCCUGUAUAAAGUUCCAAACAGUAUGUGCAUGUACAUGUGCUCGUGUUCGCACUGUAAAUUACAUGUAGGCCUUGACUAUUAUUGCAUAGCCACCCAUGCCGCCAUCUUGUCAAAGAUGGCGGCUAUGCCAAUACAAAACACACCAGCAUACACGAGUUGCAAAUAUAGCCCUUUGUACAACACUUAGCAUCGUACAUGCAUACCAAUUUGUAAGUAUACAAAUAGCACAGACAUACAACAUUGUCAUGGAGAUUUUCAAAAUCUUCAUGUACGUAAAAAUUGUUCAGUUAUUAGUAAUGACAGAAAAUGACGUGUGUACACAUUGUAACAGCGUGGCAUUUACGUGUAGAUUAAAUAUGCUUGUGAGUGUUACAUGUAUUUGUUAGCAUGGCAGACAUGUUUAAGCGGAUGUAUCGGUAAGCAGGAGAUUUUGAAAGCAAAAUGAAGGAAACGGGAUACCAACCAAAAUUGGAAGUUUAAUUGUGUGUCUGCAAGUCAGGCUGGUUACCAACUGCUGAAAAGAUGCACGUAGUUGUUGUGUUCUUGUAGCUGAAAUGGGCUCGUAUCGAGUGUAAUGUCAAGCAAGCAAUAUUUUGCAUAUACAUUAAUAAUUGUUUUCACAGAAAUAUCAAAUUCUGAGAGUGAAAAGUGCGGCUGGAUUAAGCAAAUGGUCAAGCUAGCUUCGUGUCAUAUUGUCUUUGAAUUUAUUUACAAUUUAUGCACUUGCAGUUUUCUUUGCUAUGUUUUAUUUAUUUCGAUGUGUGUGAAACAAGAUAUUGCAUUGUUUUAUUGGGCAAGGCACUGCCCCUUUAACCACUUCGCGCCAGGGUUAGUUUGACAUUGACCCAACCCAGGCGCGGGAUUGUUUUUCACGAACCUCGAUGCCAGACGGGUUAAGGCCGUCACCCUGAUAUUUCCGGCCUCGCUCCCCGCGAGCGGGUCGCAGAUAUUUCCGGCCUUGCUCAUUGCGUGUUUAUCCGUCAUCCGUUCCAAAUACCACAAAACCAUUGCGUGUAUACACGUCAUCCAACGUGAACUGGUUAAAGGAUUAUGCAGCACCAAUAACAAGAUGAUGUUCGACACCAAAUAUUAAAGGUGACUUCUCUUUUAGCCAUCAGACACUUUGAAUAAGUUGUUUCUCACCAAAAUGUUUUUUUUUAGCCUUGAAUUUAAGUUGCAUUAUGCAAAGUGUGCGGUGUUUAUGUUAACUUUGUGUUGCCAUAAGAACAAAAGCAUGCCGUCUGAAAAGUCAAGAAAUUUUUUGUUUUCUUCAUAUAAAAUCAAAGUACUAUGUCGAUGGAUUGAUCGAGGAUUGAACAUUUACUUGCUGCUGUGUGCAUUUUCGUAACUGUAUUAUUUUCUAAAUCGGAAGUAUUUUGUUUGUUUGUAUUUGUUUGCAAUUUUUUUUUUUUUUUUAUGGAUUUUUGUGUUUACAUGUUCGCAGCCCAUAAAUGCUGAAGUUUUAUCUCUGAGUGUGACUCAACUAUUUCAACCAUGAACAGAAUUGGCAAUUGGUGUUCUUGUGCAACACUGAUUUGGAGAUUUUUAAGUGACGUUUGAAAUGAAAAUGUUUGAAACUGCUGUGCAUAUUUGAUGUUGAACCACAUGUACAUUUACGCUAUAAAAAUGCAGUGUCAGUGUUGGACAGUGUGCAGCUUUUAAAUCAAAUAUUGAGUGAGAAUCCUACAAAUUCAACAUGACUAUACUAUACAAAACUGACAGCAGUUUUUGCUUUCUUUCUGAUGUACCCCCUUUUUUGGGGGGCCAAUCGUAUAUUUCUUUAAAGGUACUAAAUCUCAGAUUGCCGGUUUAUUUUUUAAACUGUUUGCUUAUCAUAAUAGGGGUGUAUUUCAGCAGGAAGAGACUGUAUUAUUUAAAUGAAGAUGAAUGGUAAAAUGGAAGACACUGAUUUUUCUGAAAAAAAUGUGUUUGGUUACGGAGAAUUAUCAAAGGUGAUCGUCAGAUGAAAUGAUGAAAUUUUUUUUUAGAGAGUUUCACGAAUGGAAGACAUCUUGGAUGCAGGCAGCAGUCUAAAGAAAACUGAAAUAUUUUGAAUUUUCUAUUCACUUUGUGUUUGAUUUCACUUAGAACUUGAACUAACUGGAAUUAGAGAAAUUAAGUGGAAUGAAUUUUGCGUGUUGGCGACACUGGCCUGUGUUACAGAAUAUGAAUUGUGAUGUUGUAUUCAAGUUUAACUCGGAUUUUCCCGCCUUAACACGGUCAUUUAUGGGUGAAGAGAUAAAACAGCCUCAUCAAAUCUUUAAGUGGGCAUUUUGUUCUGUAAAACAAUUGUGUGCUAUGUAUUACCAAUUGCAGGGUAACAGAUGUUGAUUAUAUCCCCGAGGGUAAGAAACUUUUUCCGGUUUUGAUCCGGUUUGAAGUUGUCAAAUUAAAUUUUAAAAAAAGGUUUUGAAAUUGUAUUUUGAAACUUCCUAAAAGGAUUGUUUUGUGAUAUUUGUCCAUUGACUGGCAUUAUGCAAAUUUUGGCAAGACAUCUUUAAUUUGGUUUGUAUUAAGCAGACCUUUCCAGCAGUUCUAGCUGGUUCCCCAGAGAUUUGAUGCAUGUUAUGCAUUGGUGUCCGUUCACCAACUUCCCUGGUGACCGGGUGUGGAAAGCAUUUAAUAUCAAGUAUUUAUGGUCAACUGGUGCACUGCAAUUUACAACGGUUGUGUGAGGUUACCAGUGGUGUUCACCUAAUUUGAAAAAUGUGUAAAAAAAAAAAAAAGUUGAGUCUGCUUCUUUUUUUUUUUUUUUGGACCGAUUACAAAGAAUUCUGUUUAUCAUUAAUGCAACUUUUAAGUUUGUUGCUUAUGCUAAAAAUGUUUCUUUGUCAAUGGUGAUUGAUGACUAAAACGUGACUAGAUGUCAUACCUUUGAUGGUAAUUUGAUUUACUUUUCUGAUGGCCCUUUUUGUAAAUGUUUGUGUGAUUGUGCAUUUAUUUAUAUUGCGUUCUGUUAACAUUUGGGUUACAUUUGGAGGUGUUUAAUGUAGCAGCUGAGGCAAUGGUGUAUUAACAUGUCAAAGAUCAAGAAUUGUGUUGAAUAAAAUAAAUGAAAGAAAGUGAAAAGGGCAAGAACAGAAUUAAAAAAAAAAACCCAGAAA